GCGCUGGAGUUCUUCGUAGUGGCGUUCCGCGUGCUGUGGGCGUUCGUGCUGGCGGCCGCGCGCUGGCUGGUGCGGCCCAAGGAAAAGAGCGUGGCGGGGCAGGUGUGCCUCAUCACGGGCGCAGGCGGCGGCCUGGGCCGCCUCUUCGCGCUCGAAUUCGCCCGGCGCCGGGCGCGCCUGGUGCUGUGGGACAUCAACGCGCAGAGCAACGAGGAGACGGCGGGCAUGGUGCGCCUCGUGUACCGCCAGCUCGCCGAGCCGCCCUCCCGCCCAGCUGCUGGAGAUGGAGAAAAGGAAGUUGUGCCCCCUUGCAAUUUGCAGGUUUACAUCUACACUUGUGAUGUGAGCAAAAGGGAAGAUGUGUACUCUACAGCGGAGCGGGUGCGCAAGGAAGUCGGCGAGGUUUCUGUCCUGGUUAAUAAUGCUGGGGUGGUAUCGGGGCAUCACCUCCUCGAAUGUCCUGAUGAGCUUAUUGAGCGGACCAUGAUGGUCAACUGUCACGCACACUUCUGGACCACUAAAGCAUUCCUUCCCAAGAUGCUGGAAAUGAAUCAUGGACACAUUGUGACAGUUGCAAGUUCCCUGGGAUUGUUCAGUACUGCUGGAGUGGAGGAUUACUGUGCCAGCAAAUUUGGAGCUGUGGGUUUCCAUGAAUCUCUGAGCCAUGAACUGAAGGCUGCUGAAAAGGAUGGUAUUAAAAUGACCCUGGUGUGUCCUUACCUUGUAGAUACAGGAAUGUUCAGAGGAUGCAGAAUCAGAAAAGAAAUUGAGCCUUUCCUCCCACCGCUGAAACCAGACUACUGUGUAAAGCAGGCUAUGAGAGCUAUCCUAACAGACCAGCCCAUGAUUUGCACACCUCGCCUGAUGUACAUUGUAACCUUCAUGAAAAGCAUCUUGCCUUUCGAAGCAGUUGUGUGCAUGUACCGAUUUUUGGGAGCUGACAAGUGUAUGUAUCCUUUCAUUGCUCAAAGGAAACAGGCUACAAACAACAAUGAAGCAAAAAAUGGAAUUUAACCCUCUUUUGUAUGGACUAACCUUUGUAGGUAACUGUAAUAAAGUUACAUGCCUGAAUUGUGAAGUGCACUUGCAUCUAGCUGAUGCAAAUGACAACAUUUUUACUGUGGCAUUCUCUUGGAUCUCAAACCUGUGUAUUGAACUCUUU